AAUCCACAACCAACAACUGAUUUUUCAGCGUUUCUAUCACUAAAUGGAUUCUUUUUUAUUUAUAUAUGUGUACUAUAUAUGAAUUCAUGUUUUUUCCUAGGACGCAAAUCGCACAACUCACGCCGGACGGUGUUGUGGAUUAUUGCUGUGGCAGCUCCAUUAUUGUCAAUACUCUUGUGCUUUAUCUGUUCUGCUGUAUGGAUGAGAAGACGACGAAAAGGAAAUUUAAACGUACAUGAUCAAGCUGCCAUGAAUAGGGCGGAAGAAGAUACAUUGGUUUGGAGAUUAGAAGAGAAGAGUUCAGAGUUCACUCUCUUUGACUUCUCUGAGAUAUUGCAUGCUACACACAAUUUCUCCAAAGAAGCCUUACUUGGGCAAGGUGGUUUUGGCCCUGUAUACAAGGGCCAAUUACCUGAUGGAAUGGAAAUUGCAGUUAAAAGGCUUGCCUCACAUUCAGGACAGGGCUUCGCAGAAUUUAAAAAUGAAGUUGAACUUAUUGCAAAGUUACAACACAACAAUCUGGUGAAGCUCAUGGGAUGCUGCAUUCAUGGAGACGAAAAACUUUUGGUGUAUGAAUAUUUGCCAAAUAAGAGUUUGGACUUCUUUAUCUUUGAUGAAAGCAGAAUAGCGUUGGUUGAUUGGAAUAAAAGAUGUGUGAUAAUUGAAGGGAUAGCCCAAGGUCUUAUGUAUCUCCACAAGCACUCUCGGUUGCGUAUCAUACACAGAGAUCUUAAGGCCAGCAACAUUCUCUUAGACCUGGACAUGAAUCCUAAAAUUUCUGAUUUUGGGCUAGCAAAAAUUUUCAGCUCCAAUGAUACUCAAGGAACCACAAAGAGGGUGGUGGGAACAUAUGGUUAUAUGUCUCCGGAGUAUGCAUCUCAAGGUAUUUAUUCGGUCAAAUCUGACGUGUUCAGCUUUGGUGUGUUACUUCUUGAGAUUCUUAGCGGGAAAAGGAAUUCUAGUUUCCAUGAGCAUGAAGACUUUCUUAACCUCCUUGGAUACUCGUGGCAGCUGUGGGAAGGUGGACGUUGUCUUGAGCUUCUAGAAGCAUCGGUUGCUAACGAGGUGCAUGCGGCGGAGGCUAGGAGGUACAUUAACAUUGCACUAAUGUGCGUACAAGAGCAUGCAGACGAUCGACCGACCAUGUCAAAUGUCGUCACGAUGCUAAACAGCCACAGUGUUGUCCUUCCGAAGCCUAACCAUCCGGCAUAUUUCAACCUGAUGGCAUCUAAGGAAGAUGAGUCGGAUCCAUGCAGCUAUAAUGGCGUAACCAUCACUGUGGAGCCAUAUGGCAGAUAGUUGAUCACUUAAUUUGCUUCGGUUCCUAAUGAAGAUCUAGCAAAGCAGACAGCAGGCAUGGGAAUUUUAUAUUUAUCUCUUUAUAUUUCUGCAUUAGUUCAAGCUUAAUUACGCCUAAGAUAGGCAGAUAGACCGGACCCAGUAAGCCUAUCAUUUUUGGGUUCUGAAGUAUAGCGACCAGCGUAUUUCUGUAGCGGAUGUUCGAUCCUGCGGUGAAUGAAGCUCUGCCGGUAUGCAUAGGCGGUAUUGAUACGACAUCCUCCAAGCCAAUACUGUAUUGAGCUUUUAUGCAUCCGCUUCAUCAUUUU